AUGCCAUGGCCGAAGCUGUGGUUCUCCUCGACAAAGGAUGAAUCCGAAUCCGAAUCCAAGCCUCUUCGUCCCUCCAAAACCCAAGCUAGUGAGACCUUAGACUCAGCUUCCCAGAACCUCAAGCCAACUCCGCAAGGCCCCUCUCCCUCCAAUGCCUCGCCUUCGAAGCUCUGGACCUUCACCGAACCCGGGACCAUCAGUGCGGCGGUAGUCUUGACGGCUGCUUCCUUGGGGUGUUUUACGUUCUACAAGGCGUACCUGCGCAGAAUCCCUCAAGCGGUCAACAUCAACCCUGGUUUCUUUCGCCGGAGGAGCAUUGUAGGAAAGGUCACAAGCGUGGGAGAUGGGGAUAACUUUCGCAUCUACCAUACACCAGGUGGUCGAUUGGCCGGCUGGGGUUGGUUCCCCGGCAGACGUGUUCCGACAGACAAGAAAAAGCUGAAGGGCCAGACAAUCCAUGUUCGCCUGGCCGGAAUCGACGCACCCGAACUGGCGCAUUUCGGUCGCCCUUCACAGCCUUACGCGCCCGAGGCCCUCGAUUGGCUUACGGCCUACGUGCUGGGCAAAAGAGUCCGUGCCUACGUUUACAAGAUAGAUCAAUAUAGCAGAGUCGUGGGAACUGUCUAUGUCUGGAAGGGCCUUCUCCGGAGAGACGUGGGCCUCCAGAUUUUAAGGGCCGGCCUGGCCACUGUGUAUGAAGCCAAAUCAGGGGCUGAGUUUGGCGACGGCCUGGAGAAAAAGUACCGUAGCGCCGAGUGGUGGGCGAAGACCAAGAGAAAAGGCAUGUGGGCUGCAAGCAAUAAAGACUACGAAAGUCCUCGGGCGUACAAGACCCGGCAUGGAAUGGGGGCGCCUCAACAAGAGGGCAAACAGUGA